GUUGCCUUAUCGAAGCACUAAGCACUUGCAUUAGUCCAGUAGCAAUGAGCACCCACUGGCUACAAUUUCUCCUGCUUGCAGUUGGCGUCCUCGCCAAACAAGAAUCAAACCUCAAGUUCCGAGUCUAUGAAUCCGCUUUCAAUUUCCUCACAGGGGCCACAACUCAACUGGUAGAAAAAGCUGUAAACAGCUUUGUUUUCCGAGAUGUUGAUGUGAACGUCAAACAGUUUAAAUUCCCAAAGAUGACAGCCAAACUAACUGCGGCAAACGGCGUUGAAUUCAGUUCUUCUGGCGGUGCUCUGAAUGUGUAUGGAUCAUGGAAAGGGAAAUACUUCUUCCCAUUUAAACAUAUCCCGCUCGAUAAGAAAGAUGAUGGUUGGCUGAAUGGAUAUGCGGCAGGAUUGAACGUGAAGUUCACAGGAAAAGUUAAUUCACUUGAGGGUCACCCACAGCUUGAGAUGGCUAGCUGUACGAUGGAGCUCGCUUCCUACAACUACAGUAUGGGCGGCACUGGUUACCUUCCCAAAAUGUUGAAUAAUGCGGAAUACCUAGCUGAGCGCGCGGUGAAGAAUGCUAUAAAAGCAUUGGGUUGCGCAGUGUUCACACAAAGAGUGAUUCCAUUCUAUAACACCCUUCUAGCAGCUGUACCACUUCAUAUGCCAUUCUUCGACAAUUUUAAUCUUGAUUACGCACUUGAGCAGCCGACAUAUAAAGACACUUUCUACGAUUUGGUUGGUUCAGCCAGAGUAGUUUAUGGCGACAAAGCGUGCACUGCGGCCACGGCGGGCCAAUUCACAGAAACGGAUCUAAAACCACAAAUGGUUGUUCUUUGGUUUGAUGAAAGCAUAAUGAACUGUAUUCUUGGUAGCAUGCAUGACUCUGGAGUUAUCAAUGUUCCGAUCAACAAAGAAAAUGUGCCAAACAUUGAACCUUUCCUCAAGACAAGCUGCACGGGUGUCCUCCCUUGUGUGGGUACCUUCUUCGAAAAGCUCAGCAAGAGUAACCCCAAUAAGUACAUCGAAAUGAGCUUGCAUUCGCAUGAACUUCCAUAUGUGAAGAUGGUAAAUGGCAGCAUCACCUUUGGUGGAGUGUAUGCACUUGAUUUGCAUCUUGAUUCUAUGUACACGAAUCCUAAGCCUCUUGCUAAAAUUUUACUCGAAGGAAGCAUUACUGUGACUCCAAGUGUUGUUGACAGCAAACUAGUUGGGAAGGUUACCCAGUCCAGCUUCAAGUUCAGGCCAGGACCCUCCGAAAUCGGUGACAUCUCUCCUACAUUCUUGGCUAUGUUCGAAGGAGCAUUCUCCAAAAUAUCAUCAUUCGUCAUCGAUGAAAUUCUCCAGGCAGGAAUACCAUUCCCCGAAUUUGCCAAGCUUACCAUGUCAAAAUCAACGGACAUUAAAGUAUUCGACAAGAUGGUCCGCGCUAACGUCGGCUUCGAGCUCAAAGCGUAAAGCGUUUUGUACAAGAGGUGCAACAUUCUCUGUUCGGCUGCAAGGUUAUAGUCGAAUAAAGAUGAUCAUAAUCAAUUUGCAAAUUUAGCAGAUAAAAACAUGGCAUGAUG